CAGCUACAUAAGGUUGAGGACCUACCUUAAAUGUGACAUAUACAACAUCAGAAACAACUUCCACCGAGAUCGCCAAGCGAUGAGUCUCAAGACAACAAUAGUUGCGUCCUUCGCGGAAUCUCUCAAUGCGGCAGACAUUCCCUGCGUUCUUUGGGGUCACUGUCUGCUCAAUGUCCAUGGCGUGCCGUCCAUCGUCGGUUCAAUCGAUUUUGUCAUCCCGGAUGGAUGUUUGCAGACUGCGGUGAACGCUCUUUCUUCUAACGAGAGAUUAACGCAAUGCGAACGCGGAGAACUCUGUCCCAUAAGUUCACCAGAGGGCUUCACCCCUCCACCAGCUUUUCACAUGCACCUGGACGCGUCAGACCUCGCUGUGGGGCUUUAUCUUCAAUCCGAGAUGAUCUGGUUUUUGCCCUCGCUAGACACCGCUUUGUCAAGCCCGCAGCAAGAUGAGCUUCCCGCCUACUUCGUACUCGCCUCGGAUGAGACUGUUCUUCCACCGUACCGUCUUGGAAUGGGAUCAGGUGCGCUCCCGCAAGGCGGCCAUCUAGUCCUCGUUCCUACCUCCGUCGUCUUGCUGGAAGCCUAUCUGCGUCUUUGGGCGCGCGAUUGGCGCAAACGUCAGGGUGGCAUGGGGAUCGCUAUGAUUGCUUAUAUGCAGGAGUAUGUCGAGAAGGAAGGAUUCUUGGAUGGCGAUCAACUGCCAGAACCUCUCAGGACGUUUUACAGAGAACUCAAAGAGGGUGAGAAGCCAGUCCGUCAGUGGUCCGAGGAGUUGAGCAUGGCUCUUGGGGUAUCCGAUGAAGGAGAUGAAGAAGAGGAUUGCGCCUAAGGAGGGGCCGGCAUGAUUCUCUUGCACGGAUUGGGCGUUUCGGUGUUCUGGCAGGUAUGAAAGGGGAACUGGCUUUCGGUGCAGGAUUGGGCGUCGCGACAAUGGAUGUACGUGUAUAACCUUGGAGGUGGCUGGGGUCAAUACGACGUUCCUAUUCAAGAUUGAUGGACACAAUGGCAUGUCUCGAGAGGAGAUCGUUGAGGCCGGACAGCGGUAAUGAUCCGUAUAUCAGAUGGCAGGCCCUCCAACACAGCAACUGCAAAUGUCGUAGAACCUAUCAUCUCCGUCCCGCUGUCUUUCAUAUUUCGUCGCCUGGGUGACAUUAAAAGUGUUGACCAAAAAGCAAAGUCGUUCACAACGUCGGAAUAGCCCAAAUUACACUACCGGUAACCCCGCGCUAAACUCAAAUUGGACGCCGCCUGCGACCUCGUGAA